AUGAAUGCCAAUGUUACAGCAGAGUACUUGGCUGAGAGAUAUGUGGAAGAGUGGAGAAACAACCCUAGUUGGAAGAUAAACAGCUUUAGGGAUAGGGUUUUGAGUGACUUGGGCAUUAAGAUUGGGUACUACAAGGCAUGGUUAGCCAGGGGUAGGGCUAAAUUCAUGAUAUAUGGCUCUGCUUCUGAACAGUAUGCUAGAGUUUGGGAUUAUGGGAAGGCAGUGCAGAAAUAUAGCCCAGGGACUGUAGUGAAUGUGGUGGUUGAUGGAUUGGAUAGGCUAGAGCCACCACUAUUCUUGAGGAUGUAUGUGUGUCUUUCCCCACUGGUAAGGGGUUUCUUAAAAGGCUGUAGGCCUUUAAUAGGGGUGGAUGGAUGCCUUUUGAAGGGCUCCUACCCUGGUCAGAUUCUGGUGGCAGUGGGAAAGGAUGGGAACAACAGCAUCUACCCCUUUGCAUGGGCUACUGUAGAGGUGGAGAACAAAGAAACUUGGUGCUGGUUCUUGGAGUGUUUGAAGCAAAGUUUGGAUGACUUGGCAAUGGGAGGUGGCUUCACUUACAUGUCAGAUAGGCAGAAGGGCCUUCUAGAGGAAUUUGAGGAGGUGUGGUGCCCUUUGUUGAGAAGAGGUUUUGUUAUGUUAGCUAAUAUAUGCCCUGUUCUAUUUGUAUGCUCAGUUUAUGUGUUAUUUGUUUGCUCAGUUUGUGAGGUCAUUAUGAAUGCUCAUUUUGUCAUUAAAGCUGAUUUUGAAAUUGCAAUGGAAUCCAUAAGGUUCCUUAGUGAGGAUGCCUAUGAAUAUCUUGACAACAUCCCUGCCCAACAUUGGUCUAGGCAUGCCUUUUCAACUAAUUGCAAAUCUAAUAUGCUAUUGAAUAAUAUGUGUGAAACCUUCAAUGCUUGCAUUAGAGAAGCUAAGGACAAACCUAUCCUAACCCAAAUGGAAUGGUUAAGGAGGUAUGCAAUGAAAAGACACAAUGACAAGUGGGAGGGUGUGAAAAAAAUUCAAGGAAAAGUCAUGCCUUAUGUGACUAAACUGUAUGAGAGAAUGGAGAGGGUGGUUAGGCACUGCAUAGUGCAGGUCUCUAGGGAUGACACUUAUGAGGUCAACCUUAAUUCAGACCAAGUAACUGUUGACCUUCAAAAUAGGACAUGCACAUGCUACCACUGGCAAUUAACUGGCCUCCCUUGUGUGCAUGGAUUUUCUUGUAUAUUAGACAAGAGAAGUGAUCCAGAAGAGUAUGUGGACCACUAUUAUACAAGGGAGAGAUAUUUAGAGGCAUAUGACUUGCCAGUACAGCCUAUGCCAGGUCCCAAACACUGGGAAAAGAUUCAACUAAGGGAGCCACUGCCACCACCUGUGAGAGUCAUGCCUGGCAGACCUAAAUCCAAAAAGAGAAAGAAGGAAAAGGGAGAGGGUGUAGCAGAUGCAGCUGAGGGUACUUCACAAAAAAGGCAGAAGAGAUGCCAAAAAUGUGCUCAAUUUGGACACUAUGCAAAAACUUGCUCCAAUAUGCCUGCAGAAGUGAAAGAGCCUUCUUCCAAGCCUAACUCUAUGGGAAAACCUGCUGUAAACACACCAUGGGUGGUAGAACAGAGGAGAAUCAAAGCUGCAAGAGCUUUAAACAAGACUACUCCUGGAGCAUCAGCAGGACCUAACAGCAUUGCCAAUAAGAAGUUCCAACAAGAAGAGGCUAAGAAGAAGGCUGCUACUGCUGCAGCAAAAGCUUCCUCAACAGCUGCUGCAGCAGCAGCAUCUCAAGGAGCAGGAGCUGCUGCAUCUCAAGGACCAAAGGCAUCCUCAAAAACUGCUGCAGCAAAAGCAUCUCAAGGAGCAUCAGCACCCUCACAAGCAGCACCUUCUCAAAGGCCUAAUACAAGGUCAAGGCAGAGUGCAGGAGCUGAGCCAUACCUCUGCAGCCAAGCAUCAACCACAACAACAACAAAAAAUACUACAGCAACAAGGCCAAGCAAGAAAAAAAAUUAA